AUGGCAUCUCUCGCGCGCCCACUCACCAACCGCGCAGUGCAUCUUCGCAUCACACCGAGACCGUCCAAUCUGGGCGAGUCUCGUGAGAUCCUGCGCUUGAUCUCUGCAUUUGGAGAGGUCGAGUACUUCAAAAAUCUGAAAUACGAUGCCCUGUCUGCGCCCACUACCGCGCUGGUCAUCUUCAAGCACGAGGAGGCGGCGAUGCAGUGCAUGAAGAGGAGCCCGAUCCGAUUCCGGAUGGGCAAAGCAGCUGUUGGCGAAGAAAUUGCUGGGCCAGCGCCAUCGCCAUCGCCAUCGCCAGCGCCUACCACAGCGCCGCCCGUACCAGCCUCAGAAGCCUCGGCGGUUCCCGCACAGCAUAUACCGUCGCGAUCAGGCGGUGCUUGGGGCCUUGGAGGACAGACGAGGGCCAUGUCUACUACCUCCAGCUAUGCGCCCAUGGACACUCUUCCCAAUCCCCCAGCACGUCCUGUACGGACGCCGUUCCAGGCACCACCAUUACCUCUCUUGGAGUCGCGCAUCUUUCAGGUCCAGACCAACCCCGCACAUGCACACUUUAGAGAUCAGAUCAAUAUGGGCUAUUACCAUGGCAGGUUCGCAAUUGAUUCCAAAAGUGUGCCGCAGACAGAUCUUGCCCAGACUGUGCCGCUUCCAGGGCUGAGUUGUGUGAACUGGAAGGCAAAGGAGAGACCGUGGAGAUUGAUGAAUCAGGAGAAAGAACGGGAUCGCACUGGACCGCAUAGACGGAAGAGUCUCAGAGAGCUGUACGACACUCAUCAUGAAACUGCAGGCACUGCCGACUUUCGAAAUGAGGCAUUGUCUCGUUGAAAGGAGUGAGUCGUACUUGUGCUUUGAGCGGCACGAAACCUAUUUCGGCCAGCCCUUCGCAACUUCGCACGUGUACCGAUGGAUGUGGGUUCAUUUGGCAGUUCCGAAUCUCUUUCCUGUUAUAUGGUAUAUUCUGAACCGCACACCUUCGACGCCGACCCCUCGAAGACCUCUUACAUCUUUUCUGUCAUAUACACUCGCAAUAACACGCCUUCGACAUCGAAUUCUUGAAGACCUCUAUGGAUACGAAAGCGCAAAGUGGAGUCGGCAUUUCCAUCCUUCCCGGCAAGAAGGGAAACAAGAAGAAGCCCACGGGAGAGAAUCCAUGGGCAGCGCAGGCUCUGUAUCACUCUCAACGAGAGCAAGCCUGGAAACAGUGCGGCUUAGUGAUUCUUCGUGCCUUAUUGCGAGGCUGUGCUUGUCCAGACUGUGAGCCUCGUGCUCGACUGUACAGCCAUCACGUCGUGACAAUUUCCAGCAUUGCGGGAUUGUCUUAUCGGGCACACGAUGCCUUUGCGAUAGCAGAGUGGGCAGUGUCAUCUUUCCACAGCGCAAAUCUGCUGCCGACGCAGAAGCUAGCUCUGACUAAAUGGUCGGCACUGAGAACGAGCUGCACCAUCAAAACUGAACCUCCGACGCACGCUGUCUUGCAAGAUGUUGCUGAUGUAUUUAACGAGCUUUUCUUCUGUGGCCACUUGCCGCGGUCCAAAUUACGCUUGGUUCUGACAGGCGCGACUUCAACUUCGUUGGCCACGACGUGGCCAUCUCCCACGCAAGACCAUCCUGAAACUAUCGCCAUCAACAUCAUGAGCCACUGUCUGUGGGCAAGGCCUAUCAAAGUACUGCAGGUCCUGCUGCACGAGAUGAGUCACUGCUAUCUCGGUCGGUAUACUUGCUACCCCUGGAGCCUUACCCGCCUUGCAUGUGCCACAGGCAGCUGCGGAGCCUCAUACCAGACGAACCUAAGAGAAGGAGGGCACGGACGCGCAUGGCAAUAUCUCACCCGGGCCAUCGAGGACUGCAUGCCGCGGUAUCUGAAUCUGCCUGGCAACCUGGGACGAGAUCUCGGCAUUGCGAAUAAAAUUACUUGUGGGAGUCAUCUGCCUUGUGGCAAAGAGGUAGAUCGGAUAUAUAAAUGCGACUAUGGUCACCAAGAGUUCUGGAGUCACGUGAGGCGGUCAAGGGACGACAACUUUGCGGAGCACACCGUUCUAUUGGUCGGCAAGAGGAUCAAGACACAAUGUGGCCGACGUGCUUCAGAUUCUGCAUAUGAACUUGUGAACAAUCGGAGGCCAUUGGGAGGAUCGUUCGAAUGACACAGAACGCUAAUGAUCGGUGAAGCUCAGUCAGCGGCCAUCACGGCGGUGGUUGGCCGGCCAUGCGCGCAUUGCAUUGAUGGAGGCCAUUGUUGGGCACAGCAUUCUCGACAUCGUCUUCGCACCGGGCAGAGUUAUGUCCGCGCACGUCGCGUGAAGAGUUUCCCGCACACUUCGCGAUCCGGGACUUGGGAAACGAUCGCUAUGAUAUGUCGAUUGUCGAGUAGGAAGACGCAACUCACUCAAUAUGAAGUGUCAAAUGCAUUUUGGAAAGCAACGGGAGUUUUCAUGUUACGAGAUUCGAUACUGCUGUGUGAACAAAAGGAUGAUCUCCUUCCAUUCGAGAUGUCAAGGCUCGUACCCAACAUGAAGUAGCCGGCAGGAAGAAGUCUACGUUAUAGUGUUCUUGCACGGUUGCACCUUGAGCUGAUAUUUCCUUUCUCGGGGAUAAAGUUUCAGGUGCUAUAUGAUAUAGAGGCAGGUUGGUAAAUGGUUGUCUCUAUUCCC